UUGAGUCGGAGCCGAUGGAGCAGCGCUUCUUCUGCGCGGACGACCUGCUGGGGUGGGGUGGCGCAUUUCGGAGGCACACCACUGGCGGAUCUUUAUAAGGCAGGUGGACGAUAUGAGCGGUAUACUAGCUGGCGGGCCGACGUCUUGGUGGGCGCGCCUCGCGGCGUCUGCUCGGGUGUUCCCAAUGAGGCCUAUGUGGCUGGGAACCCACUGUAGCCGCACACUGUGGCCAGAGGCGCAAACGGAAUCGCAUGCGGUGGUGAUAGCCGUGUGGAGGUCGCUGGUGAUUUUGGUGGCGUGAGAAUUCAGGAUCUCCAGGGCUGCCUUGCUGUCGGUGAGGAUCGUCCACUCUGCAGGUGGAGAGGACGAGAUGUGCACGGGUCUACAAUGGAGCACUGCUGUAUCACCAUCGUGCUGUAGUGACAACCCCGCUGCAUUUGACUUCAACAGCGCAGACGAAAUGUCGGAAGAUCCACUUCAUGGUGAACUAAGUGAAAAAGAGAUAAUCGAAAGACGCUCUACCUUGGAGAUGGCCAUGGUGGUGCUUCUGUGGCUCUCCGUUAUACUGGCGCUGGUGGCCGGUGUCUGCGUCAUCGUCUACCACACCCGUGGUGCGAGCGAUGUGUCCACGACCCUCGGGGAGCUUCUGGGCAGAAAUGCUCCAUCCAACGGAACGGCUGCCUGCAGCACCAAAGACUGUCAAUACGCAGAGUGGCUCAUAAGUACUUCCGUGGACAUCGAAAGGGACCCUUGCGGCAACUUCUAUGAUUACGUCUGCUCCGGAAUUGUUCGAAAAUAUCCAUCUUGGUUCAAUUCGCGGACUAACACAAGAGGCAUACUUGACGUCAUGCAAAAUAAUGUGUCCUCGGCCAUUGACAGCUUCCUGUCGAACACUGCAGUGCCUCAGGCGGGACAGAGUGCGUAUGAGAAGGCCGCCGCACUGCACCAAAUCUGUAUGGAACUCGAGAUCGGAGGUGGUCUUGAGCAUGAGUGGGAAGAAACGUUGAAAUCAUUCGGUAUAAGCCCCGCUAACUUAAGCUUUGACCCGCUGGAAGUCACCGUAGCUUUCAUGCUAAAGCUCAGCAUACAUUUUGCGUUUUCUCUGAAUCCGGCAAUUUCUCCAGUAAGUAAAAACGUGGUCGUCAGUUUAAGUCGAAGUAAAGAAUUUGUAUCCUGGAAGGAGGAGCGCGCAAAGUUGAUCACCGAAAACCGGUACAGGAACUAUGUGAGAGAGGUCUUGGAAUGGCACUCCGUCAACGGGAGCUUGUUAGAGAUCGCAAUAACCGCGGAAACGAACGUUAUUGCACUUGGUGCGAAGCAGGAUCCCGCGGGUCAGGAAGACUACACCUUCCUUCUCUCCGAUAUUGGGUCUUGGAGAAACGACGUCAACUUUACUGAAAGAUGGAGUCGCCAUCUUAGCCUGCAUUCUUACGCGAACCUACCGGGAAACUUGACUGUUUACGGCAAGCACGAAGAUUUCGAGUUUUUCAUGGAUCUUUACGGCAGCAAUAGUGCCGUCAACAGCGCAGAUCUUCGGAUGUACAUCGCUUGGACAACCAUCAAUCAGCUGGCGAGGUUGGCUGGUAUACUCGGCAAUCGCACCGAGAAGCAAUGCAAGGAUAUAGUAAUGCGGAUAUUUCCCUACGCUGCAAUGUCAGCAGUAUUUUUCGAGACAUCAACUCAAAGGAAAAUGCAGCACAUACAGUCCAUGACUAACAAGAUAAGGACAGAAAUAUCACAAUCAUUCCUGAACGCCUCCUGGUGGGACAAACAGACGCGUGAUUCCGCCCUCGAAAAGUUGGCUAAGCUUAAGAUCUGGUACGCCUAUCCGCCCACUGUGGAAAAUCCACGCGCUCUUGAAACGUUUUACGCCAAGUUUCCCGAUGUUCGGGGACCCUUCAUGUCAGCGUACAUAAAUGUCUCCCGCGUCUACGCGGCAUACCACACCCAGCUCCUGGCAAUGUCCACGGUGGACGGCAUCAACUACGACGCCUACCUCUCUGAGAGCUACCUAGCUUCUACGGCGUACGUGACAUCGACAAACUCGCUCUACGUGCGAGCUGCAGUGAUGAACAAGCCUGCGUACAUUUACGGUGGUCCAGACGAAAUUAACUACGGAGCUCUAGGAAGGCUUAUUGCUAGCGGGAUUAUGCGAGGCUUCGAUGCAGAAGGACGAAAAUACGAUGUCAACGGACGCGUUUCGAGUUGGUGGACCGAUCGAAGUGAAAGUUCGUACUUGGAACGCGAAAACUGCGUGAAAUCAACCAUGAAGGGAAUUCAGGUCAGUACCUAUAUUCAAGAUAUGAUGGCUGAACGUUCUGUUUAUAAUGCGUACAAGAAAGCAUCCAAGAGUCAAUGGAUGGAAGUCGCGGGCACGGGCGACCUCACGAGAGAUCAACUGUUUUACGUGAGCUGGUGCUUGCUUUUCUGCGGAGAAGACCCGGCGAAGACGGGGGUGCCCGUGGGUCAGAGGUGUAACAUGCUGCUCAAGAAUUCUGAGCUGUUCGCCGAAGCAUUUUCCUGUCCUUCGCAGUCUCCGAUGAAUUCAAAAAAUAAAUGUAACUUUUGGUAGUCUAACCUAUUAUGAAUAGAAUCACUGAAGCAGCCUUUGUAGCGAGAACUGCCACUAUACGAAAAUGACUCAUCUAAUCACUCAGCCGCACAAGUGUCUGACGCUGGAUAAAGCAUGAACUGGGAAGAAACGCCUGGGAAUACCAAGCUAAGGAGUUGACUUUGGAAUUGUUACAAGCCAUGUUCUUCUCACAUAUGGGAAAGGGACAGUGACUUACACUGCGGACAUGCAUUUGCAUACGCUUAUUCUACUAUGAUAGAGAGUCCAUCACAGCAAUGUCCGCCGUAUGUCAGCAACGCAAGUAAAACAAGUUUAUUGCUAGCACAUUGCAUUCCAGGCUGAGAUUACGGGUUACAAGGGUAAUAUAUGCGGGCGUAAUUUACGACAUAUUUCAUCACGAAAGUAUUCAACUACGUGAAAGCUUUCUUCCGUAAUUUCCACCAACGUCGGAGUCGUCCUGGUGUAGAACGGCCACGCAUCGGACCCAUUAACCGACGGAAGGUACCUGCAAAGAUGAAACAAUCUUUCAGGCUUUACCGUUAAUGCGCGACAAGUGCUCCAUUACCCGUUCUUCGCAAAUUUGCUGAACAGCUCUAUCAUUUUUAAUUGGAGAUGAUGUUCCACCCCAGUGAGGGAUCUGUUACCGAAGAGGAAUUCCAUGUCCUCAAACUGCGCUGGUGAUGUAUCUGACCGGACGCUGAACGAAGGCUUGUGGUUGAAGAGAUACACGAAUACCUGAUUGCCAUCAACACUGAGCUUCUCCGCGAAAUAUUUUAUGGGGCAGAUAUAAAAGACGUCCCCGAAUAAAAUUUGG